ACCGAAACAUAUUGAAUUAAAAUUGCAAAUAAAAAUGAAGAAAGUAGCAUUGGUUACCGGCGCUUCCGGUUACCUUGGCGGGAGGCUUUGCCACGCGCUUCUCCACCAAGGCUACUCCGUUAAGGCCUUCGUCCGCAAAACCAGCGACGUCUCCUCCUUGCCGCCGCCCUCCGAUGGAUCCCUCCAACUUGUCUACGGCGACGUCACCGACUAUCCAUCGCUCCUCAAAGCUUUCUCCGGCUGCCACUUCGUCUUCCACACUGCCGCACUUGUCGAACCCUGGCUUCCUGAUCCCGCCAGAUUCACUUCGGUUAAUGUUGGAGGAUUGAGGAAUGUGCUGAAGGCUUAUAAGGAGACGGAGACGAUCGAGAAGAUCAUUUAUACGUCGUCGUUUUUCGCGUUGGGGUCAACGGAUGGGUACAUUGCUGAUGAGACUCAAGUGCAUCCUGCUAGGCAUUUCUGUACUGAGUAUGAGAAGUCGAAAGCUUUAUCGGAUAAGAUUGCGUUGGAUGCUGCUGCUGAGGGGGUGCCUAUUGUGCCAGUGUAUCCUGGAGUUAUUUAUGGUCCAGGAAAAGUCACAACUGGGAAUAUGGUGGCUCAGUUGCUUGUGGAACGCUUUAAUGGCCGGAUGCCAGGCUAUGUUGGCGAAGAGCAAGGGUUCUCGUUCUGUCAUGUUGAUGAUGUAGCACAGGGGCAUAUAGCUGCACUAGCUAAAGGUCAGAAAGGUGAAAGAUAUCUUCUUACAGGGGAAAAUGCAUCCUUCAAAGAUGUUUUUGAUAUAGCAGCAGAGAUCACUCAGACAUCGAAGCCCCGGUUCAAGAUCCCACUUUUUCUUGUUGAUGUAUAUGGAUGGAUAUGCGUCCUCGUCUCCAGAAUAACUGGGAAGCUUCCCCUAAUCAGCCCACCGACCGUUGAUGUUCUAAGGCAUCAAUGGGCGUACAGUUGCGAGAAGGCGAAGAAAGAGCUGGAUUACAACCCUAGAAGUCUGAGAGAAGGUCUCUCAGAGAUGGUCCCCUGGUUAAAGAGCUUGGGCUUGAUCAAAUAUCAGGAUAUGCCGUGAUAGCAGGUAAGUCGAAUAAAGUUGUUGGCGACACUUUAUUACUUGUAUUUCCCGAAUGAUCAUCAUCAACACAUCACUGUACCAGUAUCUGCUGUCCACAUUCAUGAUAACUUCAGUCUCAGUUACAUUCUCUAUCUCCGAGAGCCAUUUAGUAGCAGAGCAAUGUGCCUUCUGGUUUAGAUUGAGUGAGUGGGCAUGAUUGCAAUGUUCAUAGACUGUAAACUAUGUGUUGGAUGAUUGGAUCUAUUGACUGAGAACAUAGUGACAUUAUAUUCAACAUUGGUGGAGAUUCAGUCAAGAAAGUUGGGAAGAUGUAAACGAUAAGGCUAUUUGUCCAAAAAACCAUGGUAAAAUUUCGGUUUGUCCCGCAACUUUAUAAAUCAGCCAAAAAUAGUAUGAUGUUUGGAUUUGUUCACAAUGA